AUGAUGGCUCCUCCCUUCGUCCCUGUGCCCCUCCGUCCCUGUGUCCCUCCGUCCCUGUGUCCCUCCGUCCCUGUGUCCCUCCGUCCCUGUGUCCCUCUCCCCCUGACAGGAGCCUCUGACGUGGGCUGGUAUGAGACGGUGGUGACGGUGGAGAAGGCCCCUGGUUCUGCUGACAGAUGGGGCCUGACAGUCGUCUCCGGUGUGGCCUGCUCGAGGAAGACUGAGAACGCUGAGAGGACGCUGGGGGGAGCUCAUAGGGAUCCAAAUGAAUACAUGAAAUAUGCAGUGUACAUGUGA